AUGUCAUCAGAAUCAACAGACAUAGACAUGGAAUAUGUGACGAAAACCAAAUCCAACAAUACUAAUCCUAACAGCAAUAAUGACAAAUAUUCCUCCACAGAAAGAACACCACUAUUACCGAUCGCUAACAAAUACACCAAAAUUCCAACAUCAAACACCAGAAUUACUUUUUCUUCGUACUUGCCCCAAUCCAUUUCUUGGAUCCCCGAGUCAUUGAUCAAUGUCAUUUCAAACGUUUCGAACACAGUUCAUUCCUCUAUUAGUUCAACCAUCAAAUCUGUACCUUCAAUCCUUACUCCACAAAAUUUUAAUUAUUCUAAAAUUCCAUCGAUCUCAUCAUCUGCUAAAUUCUUAAAAAAUCGACGUAGAAUUUUCAGAAUAUUAUUUAUUUUACAUUUAAUUUUGGGCUUCAUUAUCUAUAGAUAUUCACAUUCCGAACCUUUCUUACCAUUUUCAUGCCAAAUAUUAAAUGUUGGAUGUCCUUCAGCUAGAGUAUCAGGAUUUACUACACCAGAAUUUGCUGGUGUUAAAAAAAUUUUCGAAGAAAAUAUUAAAAAUGGAUUAGAUGUUGGAGCUGGAGUUAGUGUUUUUUAUGAUAAUAAAAUGGUGGUUGAUUUACAAGGCGGAAUCGCUAAUUUGGCAACUGGUAGCGUUUAUGAUGCAGAAACCUUGCAACUUGUAUUUUCUAGUAGCAAAGUUUUGACUGGAAUAGUGAUUGCACGCCUUGUUGAACAAGGACAUUUGAAUUAUGAUGAGAAGAUUUCAAAAUAUUGGCCAGAAUUUGCCCAAGGUGGUAAAGAAAAUGUCACAUUAUUGGACUUGGUAGUUCACCGUGCAGGUGUAGGUUAUAUUGAUUCACACCAAAUGACCUUAUCAGAUUUAUCAAAUCUCGAUUCACUCGCAAAGAUUCUUCAAUCACAACCUCAUAACUUUAACGGUGUACCAACAAAAGCGUAUCAUGGAGUAACACGUGGUUGGUACUUGAAUGAAAUUGUUCGUCGAGUUGAUCCGAGACAUCGUACAAUUGGUCGCAUAGUGGCGGAAGAAAUCGCACCUGUUUAUGAUAUUGAAUUUUAUUAUUCUAUAACGAAAAAAUCAUUAUAUCAAAGAGUUGCAAAUAUUUAUGCAUACCCAUUGGUCAGAAUACUUGCGAAGGUUUUAUUACCCAAAUGGAUGAUUAGCGAACCGCUAGAACCUAUUUUUGACGACAUGAUGAAAACAGACAGUGUAACAUACAAAACUCUUGUUCAAACAGCACCGGAUAGAAGUCAACCACAAGAUUGGAAUAGAUUUGAAAUGUUGAAUUAUGAAGGACCUAGUUAUAGUGGAGUUACUAAUAGUAAAUCUAUGGCCAAAUUAGCAGCUAUCAUGGCUAAUGGCGGUAAACCUAUUGGUAAUUCAUUAGCAGGUGUUCUUGAACCCACAAUUUUAUCGAAAGAUACUUAUGAUCUUGUGAUGACUAGAUUACCAGAAACUUUUGAUGCU